AUCUCCAAACCUCUGAUGGAGAAGAAGCGCCGUGCACGCAUCAAUAUGUCACUGGAGCAGCUCAAGUCUCUUCUGGAGAGACACUACUCACAUCAGAUACGGAAACGGAAGUUGGAAAAGGCUGACAUCCUGGAGCUGAGUGUCAAGUACAUGAAAAGCCUUCAGAAUUCUUUGCAAGGACUCUGGCCAGUACCCAGUGGGAUCGACCACCCGUCUGGCUUCCAAGGCUGCUUGCCCGGCGUGAGUCAGCGGCUUCGGCGCGGAGAGGAUGGCAGCGGCCUCCGCUGCCCCCUGGUGCUCGAGCGCAGGUCAGGCAGCACCAUGGACAGCGCCAGCCCGCAGGCGGUCUCUAUUCUCAGGCCCUGCCUCCCGGCCAUCUGGGCCCCUGCUUCCGCUGCAGGUGACUCCCAGUCCCCGCUGUCCCCGUUCCCUCUCCCUAGAGGUCUCCCCGAGUCCUCUACCGGCGUUCCCGCACCACAACCAGCGUCAAACUGCCAAACCGAGAACCCGAGACCCGGGCUUGGGGUGUGGCGUCCUUGGUGA